UCACGUGAUACCCAUGAUACAAGCUCAACGUUAUAUACACCGACAGCUUUUCAUCCAUUGAACAAAAGAAAGGUCAAUGUCAUUCUGACCUUUUGGGGAUGGACCAAUCCGCUUGGAGAGUUAGAUUUCAUCUAGAACCCCCGUGGCCGAUUGCGCAGUUAGAAAUUCACUGGGAGCUCGAGCAGGGUGCAGAAAAAGCGCAAACUUCUAGAGAGGACCAUUGUGAACCUCUUUCACCAUGGGCAAGCUGACGGUCGAGGCUACAGGAAAGACAAGCCCAGUGGACCCGCCUCCCUAUCCCUUGGAGCCCCUCCCAACUAAGCCUGGUCUCCAGACUAACAUCGUGGUACCAGAGGAGGUGCCUGGUCAUCCAUCGGCUCGCCCCAGACGGUGCCCAAAGAAGUGCGGGACCAUCGCCCUUGUUACCGUCUGUGUGGUGCUGGUGGUGGCGGUGGUCAUGCUGGGCGUCAAGCUGGGCAAGAAACAUAUGAUGGCUGGGAAACAUGGCUGUAGGGACAGUGGAGAGGAAGGCCACAUGGGUGAUGACGACUGCGAAGAGAUGGACGACAUGGAAGAGAUGGGCGAUGAGGGACCGGAGUCAGAUGAGCAAGACGAAGAUGGCUACGGGCAGAAUCCUAAUAGUCGCUGGUGCCAUCAAGGAACUGGUCACACUUGUUAAGACCUUUUGGAGAUCCCAGCAAAGGGGGGGGUGGCUACCCUAGCAACACAUAGCAACCACCGUUGACCCCAAUUUUGACACAUUUACCGCAUUGUUCGCUAAUUGCCCCCUCCCCACCUAGUGUGAAAACUUUGCAUGGAGGUGCCGAGAUCUAGAGUUGCUGGCUCGUUCUCAUUUUAAUGUCGAAAUGCUGUCGCCUGACUUUACGCCUUGAUAUGGAGCAAAUUAUUGACAAUAUCACUGGUUCCUUCAUUUUUCCACAACACCUGUAAUGUUUUACAAAAGAUGCACAGCAACAUUCGUAUUGGUUAAUGGCUUAGAGGAUUAUUAUAGCCAUGGUCGGGAUUUCACCGUCUAAAAAUGGCUGUCGCCUGAGAAGAAACGAAGAAUUCAAAUAGUAGCCAAAAAUGUAACAAUUCAGUUCCCAAA